GACAGCACCACCAAAUGUCCCUUCUAAGUUUCUCCACCUGUGGCCACAAAUCCACCUCUAUUUAUGCCCAUUUUCAUCUUACUUUCCACAUCCUCAAUCCAACAUUGUUCCAGAAUCCUCAAUCAUCGAUUUCAAUUCAUCCAAUGAUCAGCAAUUCCGCCACAAUAGUCGCUUCCAGCGACGAUCUCUUGACGGAGAUCUUCCUAUAUUUGCCCGUGAAAUCGCUUCUCCGGUUCAAAUCCGUCUCCAAACGCUGGCUCUCACUCAUCACCCACCCCUACUUCCACACCCGCCGGAAAAAAUCCGUCUCCGGCAUCGUCUUCAAGAAGUCCAAUUCCACGCUAGACUUCCCGGAGUUUGAUUUUAUAUCGCUGGACGGUUCCGAUCCCCCGUUCAGAACUCUGGAAUUUGGGGAUGAGAAAUGUGGAAUGGCUGUCCAGUCUUCCUGCAAUGGGCUCCUGUGCUGUAGUAGCUUUAAGGUUGAAGAUAACCGCCGGAGAUUCUACGUUUACAAUCCCAGUACUCGGAGCUUCGCCGCUUUGCCCGAUUCCCAGGGAAUCGGGAGAGUUCAUUCUGUUACCUUAGCGUUUGACCCGACAAAAUCGCCUCAUUACAAGGUUGUUCUUGUCGUGUUCUCCGGUACCGAGGCACCGUUUCAGCUCGAGGUCUACUCGUCGGAGACGCGCGAAUGGAAGCGCGUGCAGAGACCGCUCUUCCGCGAUCUCAAUUAUAAGCUGGGAGUGUAUUGGAACGGCAAUGUUAAUUGGUUCGGCAACAAUGUCGAAACCGGGCUUCAUUUCAACGUGGAGAAAGAGAGGUUCGGGGAAAUGGCGAUGCCGCCCAUGCCGGACCAAAAACGGGUCAGGUAUAUGCAGGAAUCGUGCGGACAUCUCCACCUUAUCGAUAUCCACGGCCCUAAGACCACGCAGUUUAAGGUUUACGAGAUGGAGAGGGACUAUUCCGGGUGGUUUGUGAAGUACCAGGUCGACAUUGAGAACGUGAUGAACGCUUUCCCUGAAUCUAUAAGCAAAAAUCUAGAAGCUUCCGACAAGUUUUACUACAAGUUCCUGACUGCCAGCAUUGUCCGGGACGGGGACAGGGACGAGGACGGGGAUUCAUUCCUGGUUUUAAGUGUUCCAGGGAAAGUUGUGCGAUACAAUUUCACAGACAACAGUUUCACGGUGCUCAGAGAUUUUGGUUCUGAGCUUUUUGGGAACUCUCUCAUGCUUGGCUGGUUUGAUUGUUUUCAGUACAUUGAAUCCUUCUCUUGUGUGUAAAUUCUAAAUCAAAUUCCAUUUCUGUUCUGUACUAAAAACAUGUAUGAAUCAUCUAUGAUCUAUAUAUGUAUGAAUGAAUGGCGGCAUAUGAGUA